AUGGGACUCACAGCCAAUACAUCCAUGGUGGAGAUCAAGAUUGACAAGGUCUUCAUUAGUUUAUCUAUGAACAGUCAUACAGAAGAUCUUCGAUCUACCGCCAAAAGUGUACUUGCUGCUAGGCCUGAUGCUGGUGUCGUUGCCAUAAUUGUUCCAGGACCUGGCCUUAUCAAGUAA